AUGAGCAGAGCAGCCGAAGAAAAUAUGUCUGCCCCCACUCGCGCCUCUGUUCUGAUCGCAAACCUAUCGUCUGUCUCAAAACGCAUUGCAGCAGCAUCAAGCAGUCGGAAUCACAAUGAAACAAACACCAGCGCCAGUUCUGUUACUUCAGCCCCAAACAACGACAGCAAUAGCCCAGCAGCCUCGUCCGUCCGUCUUGUCGCAGUGUCGAAGCUAAAGCCGGCCUCUGAUAUCCUCGCGCUUCACUCCCCGCCUACAUCCCACCUACACUUCGGAGAAAACUAUAUGCAGGAACUUCUUGAGAAGUCCAAGGCGCUACCCCCAGAGAUCAGAUGGCACUUCAUCGGCGGACUGCAGUCAAAUAAAUGCGUUACACUUGCACGGGAGGUACGGGGGUUAUGGGCCGUUGAGAGCGUAGAUACAGAGAAAAAGGCCUCGUUGCUGGAUAAAGGCUGGGGUGAAAGAGCAGAAUUCAAGGAUAAGGAUAGCGAUGCCGACGAGCAUGCAAAUAGACCACUGCGCGUGUUUGUGCAGGUCAAUACGUCAGGAGAAGAGAAUAAAUCGGGCAUACAACCAGGCGAGCCUACUUUGGAACUGUGUCGGUAUAUCAGAGAGAAGUGCCCUCGGCUAAAGCUCCAGGGUCUAAUGACUAUUGGGGCCAUCGCACGGUCAAAGGCUACUACGCCGGAAAACGAGAAUGAAGACUUUGCUUGCCUACGAGAUACAAGGGAUAUGGUGGUAGAGAAGCUAUCGUUGAAAGGCGAGGACACGUUGGAAUUGAGCAUGGGCAUGAGUAACGAUUUCGAGGGUGCGAUUACGAUGGGCAGCAACCAGGUCAGAGUUGGAAGCACGAUAUUCGGGGCUCGUCCACCCAAGGGGGAGGCGAAGUAG